AUGACUGAGCCUCUCGGUGCGAUGUCAUACGAGUCUUUUGUAACUCAAUUCCCUGGGGGAGAUCCUUUCAAGAUAGAUACUUCUUCCUUUGAGAUUUUAUCCACCAUUAGAUAUGAUCCUAGCCUCACUGAAGAAAUACCCCAUUCUGUCGCCAGUAUCACCAAGAGAAACUUCUUUUUGCUUACAGAACACGUGGAAAGGUUGAAGUUUACCGUCGAUUACUUUGCGUCGAAGACCGGAAAGGAGGAAGUAUUUCCCUUUGAGAUUGAAGAAAACUACAUCUUUCAGCUGCUCGUCAAAGCCAUAGAUGAUUCGCAACUUAGUACGGCUGAACCACUCAGGAUCAGAUUACUCACCUCAAUGGAGGGGAAAAUCAGGGUGGAGUUGUAUGAGACUGCCCCGAGGGUGAAUCUACUUGAUGGCUUGCUGGACGAUUAUCCACAAGACCAGCGAUAUGAUGUCUAUGUCGACACUACCCCUGUUCUCCCGUCACCAUUCACUUCUUUUAAGACUACAAGUCGAGAUGUCUACACAAGGGCGAGAAAUAAAGCACUACCAGGAAGCUCUAAGAGGGAGGAAGUAAUCUUAGUGAAUUCCUGUGGAGAGGUUAUGGAAGGAUCAAUCACAAAUAUAGCUAUAAAGUCCGAAUCAGGAGAAUGGAUCACACCCAAACUCACUUCUGGGUGCCUCUGUGGCGUAACCAGGCAUUUUUUGCUCCAGAAAAAUAUGAUAAAAGAAGACCUGUUACAACUUGAUCGUCUUCAUAUUGGGCAAGAUGUCUUGAUGCUGAAUGGGAUUUUGGGAGUAGUGAGAGGUACUAUUCGAGGAUUUGUAGGCCAAGAUGGGCUGGAUUGA